AUGAAAUUUAGCGAGGUAUUGGAUAUGCUGAAAAAAGCCACAGGCAGAGCUGAGCUGCUAUCUAGUCUUCAGAUUGUACGCAAUUGCAUUACUUCAUUUGAAUGGUCAUCGUCAGAAAAAUGUCGCAUUCUUGCUACUCUACUUAAUAUGCUUCAGCCAGCCAAAUUCGGGCUUUUGACAGCAAGUGAAUUCAAGGAUAUGUUUGGAGCGAUUUUCCAUUCAGCUGCUGUAGAUGAUGCUAUUAUAGUUUUGAUCAAUGCUUUGAAUUCCUGUAGUGAUUCUGAGUUGUUUCGUUUACAACGUAUUGUAAUUUUGCUAGAUGAACUGGAGAAAAAUAAUCUGGAAACACUUCUUGUCACCAGUAUUAAAAAAAGUCUUUUUGAUGCUGAAUGGAAUGCUAAAGAAGGAGAACUGUGUAGACUUAUAGGGCAGACUACUUGUUUAGUUCACAAUGCGAUGGGCUCUUCUCUUUCUUCAUCUGGGUCAAAACAAAGUGAUAUGUGUAUCAAAGCAUAUUUAAACAAUCACUGGAUAUAUCUGUUACAAUCAGUCAAAUCAGCUAUUGAAAAGUCUUUCAAAGAAUUCGAAAAUGCUGAGGACGUCAACUUUAAAUUUGUUACAGAUAUCAUAUAUGAAAUCAGUCGAGGAAAUGUUGAUACAUUUCGGACAUUAAUAAACUGGUUGGGACUUCAUGCAAAAAGCCCUGAUUGGAGCAAAAUGUGCUCGAAACUUUUGACAGAUACAACCAAUGGUAUGUCACAAUUAGAAAGUCUUCUUAUGGCUACACUGCUUGCUGCAAAAGAUGGUGAAUUAUUGUUUUUUCUGUACUAUAUUAAAAUGCUUAAUAAUCUUAUUUUUCAUACGUUGUUUGGAAAUGAAAUUCUUGAAAAUAGAAUCGUCAAGCGUGUUUUUUUCGAGAAAGCACUUUUUGUGAAAGUCUUCCAUCCAAAAGAAGAAAUCCCAAAAAAAUUGUCGCUCUGUCUACAAGUCGGAAACAAGGAUACUGAUGAUAAAGGUCCAUGGAGCACCUUACACCGAAAUACAAUUUUAACAACUUUCGAAGUGUGGUCUAGCUCUAUUCAUGUUACUCAUUCUUCUGAUGAACAGAUGGAUUACAUAGAUCUUGUGCUUCUCAAACUUGUGAAACAUGCAAAUCAGAAAAUGCGUCUUGGCUUGUCAUCUGAAGUUUGUAUGAUGUUAGCAACUGGUGUUGAUAUUCGUCUCAGGUCGUCAAAUAAUCGACGCAGAUUUCGAGGAAUGUAUGUUGCUGAAACGAUCUCAAAAUGGUUUUCAUUGGGUAAAUUGGAAUUUGAGUUUCCAUCUGAAGGGCUUGAAUUUAUACAAGAUAUGAUAAAAGAAGUGCAAGGUGAUGAGUGCACUAUUGAUCAUAAGGUCCUUAAAGACGAAAGCGAAAACGCCGAUACUAGCAAGAACUUGGUGCAAGUCGAAGUUCAUGAUACAUUAAAUGGCACUGGAGACGUCGAUAGUGACGAUGAUGACUUUCCGGAAUAUAAUAUUCCUUUCGGUGAAAUGCAUUUGGAAAAGGAACAAGAAGAUGAAGAAUAUCACAAUGUAAAAGGUCCUCAUUAUAUCAAAGACUGCAUCGAAGGCUUGAAUGAGGAGACUGAUCAUGUCAAAUUCGAAGCUGCAUUUAAUGCACUGGAUUCAAUGAUAAGACGUCGCGCUAUCGGUUAUGAGCAACUUGCGAAUGAUCUGCUUUCUAGACUCCUCACUCUUCCCAAUCGCUUUAGUACUCCUAAUUUUCAUGAAAAACGUUUGCAUCUCAUAAAAUUGUGUUUAUCGACAAGCCCACACUUGGGAAGCGUUGCUGUUGACUUCAUGUAUUCGAGACAAUGUGCGAUGACGAACAGAUAUGUCAUUAUAAGAGCUAUAAGUGAAGUUGCAUCAGAAUUUUCAUCAAUGGGAUCUGUUAUUGAAGAUAACUGUAAAGAAAUCAAGAAAGAUACAGAUAAUGUGAGGGAUAAAAAGCUAGCUUCCAAAACGAGGCGUUUUGGACAGUCCCGCACAGUUGUUGCAAGACCAAAUAAAUUCACAAUUCUGGCUAAUUCCUUCUUCUAUCCUUUAGUAGCUAUCAAUCAUCACAGGGAGCAUCUCAAUCUCAUUGGCAGGGAUUCAGAAUUAUUAAGCAGAAUUCUUGUAUGUAUUGCAAACUUGAUCAAGUGCUCUGGUAAUGCUUCAUGUACGCUAAAAAUGGUUGACACGAUGCUCCAUAUUUUGCUUCCACUACGACACCAUGAGAAUUCUGCUGUGCGACAAGCUGUCUUAUUUUGUUAUGCUACCAUUUGUGUGUCAUUGUCAGAAGAAAUAAUUUUAGAGCAUUAUCGGGAAGAACUCUUUGAUUGCCUUGACUAUGCAACAAAUUUGGCUCAGUUUGAUCCGUCACUGGAGUGCAGACAAAUGGCAUUGUUGGCUGCUCAAUUAGCGAAUAAAGUUAUUUCGGAUAAGAAUGACUUUGGUUUGGUAAAGGAGCUUGACUGUUCGUUGCAGUGGAUAAAUUCAUGA